UACGAAAAUUUCCGAUUUUUCUAACUGGUCAAACCAGAAUCCACCUCGCUAAAUCGAAAAGGUGAACAAAUCAGGCAUUCCUUCAUUCUUCAGGGUCAAUUCAGUCAUUUUCACUCCAGUUAUAAGUAACCAACACUUCGCUUUCCACAGCACUCCCACCACCAUUGCCCUCCCUCUCUCUCUCUCCUCUCUUUCUCUCUCUAAAAAAACUUUUUUCUUCGAGCAACUCUUCUUCGUUUCUCCACAGUCCCAAAAAGAAAAAAAAAAAAAAAAAGAAAAGAUUUUUCAAAGAGAAACGUUCAACGGGACGACGCCCUUUGAAAAAUCCAACGAGCGCUUCAGUUACUUUCACUACCGAAUAGACGCCCCGUCGUUUAGUUGCUCCGACGCGGCUUAUUUUUUUAACGCCGCCUUGUCUCGAUCGGCGGAACGAUUAAUUUUUUUUUUUUUUGGGUGGAAAUGGUUGAUUGAUUUUUCUUUAUUUCGUUUUACUCGGAAUAAAAAGGCAAUAGAAAUAGAACGAUUUUGAAAGGGGAAAAGGGCGUCGUAUAUGGGGAAGGUGGGGGUAGCGUUGGCGGCGGGCUGUGCGGUGGCGGCGUGCGUGGUUGCGGCGGUGAUGGUUGGGAGGACUGUGAGGCGGCGGAGCGGAUGGCGGAGGGUGUUGAGGGUUCUGGAGGAACUGGAGGAGGGUUGUGCCACCCCAGUGGGGCGGCUCCGCCAGGUUGUUGAUGCUAUGGCGGUGGAGAUGCACGCCGGCUUGGCUUCUGAGGGCGGCUCUAAGCUUAAGAUGCUUCUCACCUUUAUUCACAACCUUCCUACUGGGAAUGAAAAAGGGAUUUAUUACGCCCUAGAUCUUGGUGGUACCAAUUUCCGGGUCUUACGGGUUAAAUUAGGAGGCGAAAGGUCUUCUAUCACCGAACUCGAUGUCGAUCGAAAGCCCAUUCCGCAGCAUUUGAUGACAAGCACAACCGAGGAGCUCUUUGAUUUUAUAGCGACAUCAUUAAAGGAUUUUGUUGAAAAGGAAGAAAAUGUGCCCGAGCCUUCGCAAGGGGAAAGAAGGGAACUUGGCUUCACAUUUUCAUUCCCGUUCAAACAAAUUUCUUCCUCAUCGGGAACUCUAAUUAAAUGGACAAAAGGAUUCUCGAUUGAAGACAUGGUGGGUAGAGAUGUUUCUCAGUGCCUACAGGAGGCAAUGUCUCGAAAGGGCCUCGACAUGCGAGUCACUGCUCUCAUAAAUGAUACUGUGGGGACCUUGGCCCUUGGUCAUUAUCACGAUGAAGACACAGUAGCUGCUGUAAUUAUCGGAACAGGUACAAACGCAUGCUAUUUAGAGCGUGCAGAUGCCAUCAUUAAAUGCCAAGGCCUUCUUACAACUUCCGGAAGCAUGGUAGUUAACAUGGAAUGGGGCAAUUUUUGGUCGUCGCAUUUGCCUAGAACAUCAUAUGAUGUUGACUUGGAUGCCGACAGUCCUAACCCAAAUGAUCAAGGUUUCGAGAAAAUGAUAUCUGGAAUGUACCUAGGAGACAUUGUGCGAAGAGUAAUACUUCGGAUGUCGCUUGAGUCCGAUGUUUUCGGACUAAUUUCUUCCAAAUUACAUGUGCCCUUCAUCUUGAGGACACCUAUGAUUGCUGCUAUGCACGAGGAUGAUUCUCCUAACCUGGAAGAGGUCGGCAGAAUAUUACAAGACACUUUGGAGAUCUCCGAAGUUCCUCUUAAUGUACGGAAGCUUGUGGUGAAGGUGUGUGAUGUGGUGACCUGUCGAGCAGCCAGGCUGGCGGCAGCUGGCAUUGUGGGAAUACUGAAGAAGAUUGGGCGAGAUGGAAGCGGUGGAAUCACAAAUGCUAAAUCCAAAGGUGGUGGUUCUAUGAAGAUGAAACGAACGGUGGUGGCUGUUGAGGGGGGUUUGUAUACAAACUACACAAUGUUCAGAGAGUAUCUAAACGAAGCAAUGGUGCAAAUAUUGGGCGAUGACGUGGCGUCUCAUGUAAUAAUUAAGGCGACUGAAGAUGGUUCGGGCAUCGGAGCAUCACUUCUAGCUGCAUCUCAUUCAGCAUCCUCCUCCUCCACCUCCUCCGGUAUUUGAUAACGUACAGUCAUCAUAGAUAAAUAUAUAUUUUUUAUUUUUUUUUACAAAAAAUAUUUAAAUAUGUAUAGCCUGCGUAAAUAUGUAGAAGAAAUCGCGUGGCGUUUGUGUUGAACUGCGGGGGGCAGAAACGGAAAAGGGUUGUGCAUAUGUGUCAUAGUAGGUAGAUCCUCAUAGGUUAUAAUUUAUAUCUCAAAUGAUAGUUUGAGAAUAUAUAUUCAUUUUAGAAUUUAUUAUAUAAGAAUCUGUCGAAUUGUCGAAUAUCCGUUUCGCCUCCGGUCGUCUGUGUAAUAGGUUAGAGGUUAACUAUUGUCGUCUCAAGUAUUGGAAUUCAAUUCUAUUUAUUUAUUUAUUUAUUAUUAUGUAGUGAUGAAAUGAAGAAGAGCAUCUUUGGCUUUA